AUGUCGCAAGACCAGAAGUCACUCAUCAGCCCAAAUUCUCAAGGAGCUAACGUACGUUUGGAUCGGCUCGAGGAGGUAUUAAUGCGUCUGAAAGCCCAGCUCACUGCAAUUACCACUAACGGCCCGCGGCGAACACCAAACCGUCGGCGUACAUCCUGCGUUUCCCACACCCACAGUCCACAGUCUCCAAGUAGCGUCUGCUGGUGUCACCAACAAUUUGGAGGAGCUGCUUGACGAUGCCUUCAGCCGUGCUCUUUCAAGGCAUCUCUAGCGGCCUCAGGGAGACGAUCCCACUCGACAAUAGAGGCCACUGUCGCCGGACGCGUUGCCAAUCUCCACACUCGCCGUUUGUUUUUCUGGGACCGUAUCGCUGGUGCCAAAUUCCUUGUCGACUCUGGCGCCGAGGUUAGCGUGGUUCCGCCAACUCCGACCGAACGCAAACUCUGCAGCUCUUUUUGUCUAACAGCUGCCAACAACUCCAGCGUCCCCACCUUUGGACAACGUUCCAUCACACUUGAUUUGGGCCUUCGUCGGAUUUUCCGAUGGGUUUCCAUUAUUGUCGACGUUUCCGCCGCCCUCAUAGGUGCCGAUUUCCUAGCUCACUUCAAUCUAAUAGUUGAUUUGAGGAAUCGCCGACUCGUCGACUGCAUCACCAACCUUCAAGCCCGUUGUCAAUGCGAUGUGAACCCCUGCGUCAACCCUCUCACUGUUAUGCUCAUCUCUGACUGUCCUUUCCACUCACUCCUCAGGCAGUUUCCCCGCCUGACCAACCCCUCAUUUCGUGAAGUGGACAUCAAACACACAGUCACUCACCGCAUUUCCACCAAUGGACCUCCCAAAUCUUGCCGACCACGUCGUAUGGCACCGGACCGUUUGAAGAUCGCCAAGGCAGAGUUCGAACACAUGCUUGAGCUCGGCAUCAUCCGACAGUCCGACAGCUGUUGGACAUCACCCCUCCAUCUUGUCCCAAAGAAGAGCGGCGAUUGGCGACCGUGUGGUGACUAUCGGACGUUGAACUCAGUGACUGUCCCCGACCAAUAUCCCGUCCCUCACAUCCAAGACUUCACUCUUGCGCUGCAUGGUAAGCGGAUAUUCUCCAAGAUUGACCUUGUUCGUGACUACCAUCAAAUCCCAAUCGAGGCCAGUGAUGUGCCGAAAACUGCAGUGACCACUCCCUUUGGGUAA